AUGAUCGUGUUCUGCAGUGAGGGAGAGGCUAACCUGCUCAUUAAGCCCGCAGGACCGGGUAGCCAGGCCAUUAAGCCAGCAGGACCGUGUACCCUGCCCGUUAAGCCCGCAGGAUCGGGUAGCCUGCCCGUUAAGGCCGCAGGACCGGGUAGCCUGCCCGUUAAGGCCGCAGGACCGGGUAGCCUGCCCGUUAAGGCCGCAGGACCGGGUAGCCUGCCCGUUAAGGCCGCAGGACCGGGUAGCCUGCCCGUUAAGGCCGCAGGACCGGGUAGCCUGCCCGUUAAGGCCGCAGGACCGGGUAGCCUGCCCGUUAAGGCCGCAGGACCGGGUAGCCUGCCCGUUAAGGCCGCAGGACCGGGUAGCCUGCCCUUUAAGGCCGCAGGACCGGGUAGCCUGCCCGUUAAGGCCGCAGGACCGGGUAGCCUGCGCGUUAAGGCCGCAGGACCGGGUAGCCUGCCCGUUAAGGCCGCAGGACCGGGUAGCCUGCCCGUUAAGGCCGCAGGACCGGGUAGCCUGCCCGUUAAGGCCGGAGGACCGGGUAGCCUGCCCGUUAAGACCGCAGGACCGGUUAGCCUGCCAAUUAACCCAGCAGGACCGGUUAGCCUGCCCGUUAAGCACCCAGGACCGGUUAGCCUGCCAAUUAACCCAGCAGGACCGGUUAGCCUGCCCGUUAAGCACCCAGGACCGGUUAGCCUGCCAAUUAACCCAGCAGGACCGGUUAGCCUGCCCGUUAAGCACCCAGGACCGGUUAGCCUGCCAAUUAACCCAGCAGGACCGGUUAGCCUGCCCGUUAAGCACCCAGGACCGGGUAGCCAGCCCGUUAAGGCCGCAGGACCGGGAAGCCAGCCCGUUAAGACCGCAGGACCGGGAAGCCAGCCCGUUAAGACCGCAGGACCGGGUAGCCAGCCCGUUAAGCCCGCAGGAGGGGCUAGUCAGCCCGUUAAGCCCGCAGGAGGGGCUACUCCAAACUGUUUCUAA